AUGUCUCCUUUAGUGUUAGUUUUAUUGAAUGUAUUAGUUUUAGUAAAUUCUGUUGAACCUCAAAAUGAGAAUAAGGAAAGUGCUCGUGAGGAAAAAUUGCGUAGUGCUUUAAUUGACGCUUUUCAAAGUAUCAAAAAAGCGUCGGCUAAGGGUGGUAGCGACGACGGAGCAGAUCUAAUCGGCUCCCUUAUAACAAUGCCGUUUCCUAAGCGAAAUGAUAAGUCGACUACUGAAGACGCUUUCGAUUUGUUCGCGGAUGAGGAUGGUCUUUCGUUCGCGGACUUCAGCAAUAUUGAACCAGAAGCGAAAUCAACGACGACAGAGAACUCCCACAACGUCCAGCACAUUGUGAAGACAACGAAACUGAUGGCGAAGACGACUACGAAACCUAAUAAAGAUAUUCUGAGUAAGCUGAGCGACUCAAUACGAACCACUGUCAACGAAUCUAGGAAUGUACUGAGAAAAGAGACUCAGAUGAAUACGACGGAGUUACUCGGUAUAGAGAGUAUGCUAAGGUUGUUCGAUGCUGAUAUUUUGGUGAAACAGUGGCCUGUUCUCCAGAAGAGUGUUAGUGGUGAAUGCCGAGAGGAUCUGCAGACGUAUGUUGGUGGACUCCAAGAGAGAAAACUAUGGGCAUUAAAGAUGGAGGAUGCCAGUGGUCGGUACACAUCAAUGUUCUAUUGGGGCAACAACUACUGGACGGGGUCCGCUGAACUCUGUGAUAUACUGAACGAAGAACACGAGCCUACGCGACUAGGCAACAAGAGCACUACGAACGACAUCUUCCACGACUGGCGCCAGGACCUGUCGAUGACUGGCUCCGGGCCUCCCUUCGAGACGGCCUUCUACGUGGCGCGGGUCAUCAUCACCACCAACCUGACAGAGAUUGUUAAAACUCGUCGAACCCUACACCUCGGCAUCUGUUUACCGUUCUCAUGCUCCCGAGCGUCGGUUGCUUCUCUGGUAGGAGAUGCCCGGGCCCCCCUACUGUCCCACAAGGUCGUGGCCGUAAGGUCGCCUCAGCAUGGAGGUUAUACGUAUCUUGGAGAUCCAACCUUCAUCGUACUACUUGCCGUUUCCACCGUAGUCGGCCUCCUCCUGAUUACAUCAACAGCGUACGAUAUGAAGAUAACUCGUGACGUGCGCAGACGCAAACAGCGCGUUGCCAAUAUCACGGCCAACAGCAGCGCAGGCACCGACCUCAAGCUCAACUUGAACGGACUUGAUGAUAUCACUGUAGCUAAUGGCAAGUCGAUGUACAACGUGAACAACAAUCUCGCCAUCAACAGCAACACGUCCGAAGAGAGCCUCACCGCCGACACCGCGUCCACUUCCACUGAUGAACUCAAACUUAGUAUAUGGUCGGAGCUGCUGCUGUCGUUCUCCAUGAAGGCGAACGUGCUGCAGAUCUUCGACCAGUCCGUGGGCCCGGACACGGUGCCAGUAGUGCACGGCCUCAGGACCAUGUCUAUGGUUUGGGUCAUCUUUGGACAUACUUGUAUCGUAGUUUUCAAAUACGCAGACAACACCGCACUUCGAGCCGUUUUGGAGAAGAGUUUCUUGUUCCAGCUCAUCAUCAGCGCUGUAUACAGUGUCGAUACAUUCUUCUGUCUUGGUGGUAUGCUGGUCACGUUCCUGUACUUCCGCACCAAGUCCAAGGGCAAGUUGGAUCGGCUGGUGAAAGGUCAUAGAAAACUUACAGCAGGAGUGCUGCAAUUCCUCGGACUCAUCGGAUAUAGAUUCGCCAGAUUGACAGCUCCAUACUUAUUCAUCCUCGGCGUGGUGGAGGUGACGAUGAAAUGGUUCGUAUACAACUCUGUCUUCGAGCCGCCAGCGAUGGACCAUGUCAAUUGCCCCAACUACUGGUGGAGGAAUUUGUUGUACAUCAACACUCUAUUCCCUGUGGAUCAGAUGUGUAUGCUGUGGAGUUGGUACCUCUCGGACGACACACAAUUCUACGCUGUCAGCGCCAUACUGCUUAUUUUGGCUACCAGUCACUUCAAACUCUCCGCUGGUUUAACCGGCGUGCUUUUCAUCUCGUCCCUGGUGACGACAGGCUACGUGUCUUACAGUAGCAACCACAUACCGAACCCAGAAGACCCGUUCACACAGUUCGACAAGGUGUACGAGAAGCCAUGGACAAGACUGGGUCCAUACCUGAUGGGCAUGCUCACUGGCUGGAUACUAUUCAAGACUAACCUUAAAAUCAGAAUGAAUAGGAUUUGGGCGUGGGUCGGCUGGUCAGUGUGCUCAGCGACUCUCCUGUUCCUGAUCUUUGGCCUGUACAAGACAGAGAUGGGCGUAUGGUCCGCCGCUGUGUACAGCGCCAUGUCGCACUCGCUGUGGGCCGCUUGCAUCGGCUGGAUCAUCAUCGCCUGCUCUACAGGUUACGGAGGGUGGGUGACCCCGCUGCUGUCAUCGCCAGUGCUGUACCCGUUCUCUCGAGUGACGUACUGCGCAUAUCUAGUUCACCCCGUGGUGCUUCGCUAUGUCGCCAUGCACUUCACACACCCCAUACACAUGGGAGAACUGCUGGUGUUCAUCCUGUUCCUGGGCCUCACAAUAAUAUCGUACGCGUUGGCGUUCGUCAUAUCCGUAGCCUACGAAGCGCCCAUCGUCACAAUGCUCAAGAUAGCCUCACCGCAACGAAAACCCCACAGAAUAUGA